UUCUCAUAUCUUCGUUUACUUGUUCUUGUUCUUCUUCUUUUUCUUCUCUCUAGCCUAACCUAGAAGCUUUGGACACGCAGACGAACCAAAACCCUCUCAAAGAACUUUUAACCAAAAACCCGACAAAAAAUGAUGGCGGCGGCGGCUCCCCCAACUGAAUCGGUGCAGUGCUUCGGGCGGAAGAAGACGGCCGUGGCGGUGACGUACUGCAAGCGCGGGCGGGGUCUGAUAAAGAUCAACGGCUGUCCAAUCGAGCUCGUUGAGCCGGAGAUCCUACGGUUCAAAGCCUACGAACCCAUCCUUCUGUUGGGACGACAACGUUUCGCUGGCGUAGACAUGAGGAUCCGAGUGAAAGGCGGUGGGCAUACCUCCCAGAUCUACGCCAUCAGGCAGAGCAUCGCUAAGGCUCUGGUUGCUUUCUACCAGAAGUACGUGGACGAGCAGAGCAAGAAAGAGAUUAAGGACAUCCUCGUCAGGUAUGACAGGACACUCCUUGUCGCUGACCCGAGACGCUGCGAGCCCAAGAAGUUUGGUGGUCGUGGUGCCAGAGCUAGGUUCCAGAAAUCUUACCGUUAAGAGAAAAAUAAUUAAAUUUUCCUUUGUCAUUUUUCUUUUUUUAUUUUGUUGGUCUAUAAAAAGUUUAUCAAAUGCAUUUGCUUUAGAUUUGUCUUCCUUGUUUUAUUUACUAUGAAUUUUAGUUAAAUGAAGGGUUAAACGUAAUGUUGCUAUAAAAUUUAUGCAGUGUAUCUUGGUUUUUGGAUA